GAAUGAAUGGAGACUGAAAAUGACACCAUGGUGACAGAAUUCAUUAUUUUGGGACUAACAGAUAGUCCUAUACUACGUGCCAUCUUAUUUCUGUUUUUUCUACCAGUUUAUAUAGUGACCGUAGUGGGAAACAUCAGUAUAAUCCUCUUAAUCCGAAGCAGCCCACAGCUUCACACCCCCAUGUACCUGUUCCUCAGCCAUCUAGCCUUUGUGGACAUUGGGUACUCCACAUCAGUCACACCCAUCAUGCUCAUCAGUUUCUUAAGAGAGAAAACUACUAUCCCUCUCACUGGCUGUGCAGCCCAGCUUGGCUCUGAUGUAGCUUUUGGAACAACAGAGUGCUUCCUGCUGGCCGCCAUGGCCUAUGACCGCUACGUGGCCAUCUGCUCACCCUUGCUCUACUCCACGCAGAUGUCCCCAGAGGUCUGCAUCUUUCUGCUGGGGGCAUCUUACUUGGGUGGGUGCAUGAAUGCUUCGUCGUUCACAGGCUGUUUUGUGAAUCUAAACUUCUGUGGCCCAAACAAAAUCAACCAUUUUUUCUGUGACCUCUUCCCACUCGUGAAACUCUCUUGUGGCCAUGCUUACAUUGCUGAGAUAUCCCCAUCCAUCUCCUCUGCAUCGGUCUUGGUGAGCACACUUUCUACCAUCAUUGUGUCUUAUAUUUAUAUCCUACACUCAAUCUUAAGGAUGCGCUCUACUGAGGGAAGGAACAAAGCUUUCUCCACCUGCACUUCCCAUCUUACUGCAGUCACUUUGUUUUACGGGACAGUUUUGUUUGUGUACGUGAUGCCCAAGUCUAGCUAUUCAGCGGAUCAAGUCAAAGUGGCCUCUGUGAUCUAUACAGUGGUAAUUCCCAUGUUGAAUCCUCUCAUCUAUAGUCUGAGGAACAAGGAGGUGAAAGAGGCUAUGAAAAAAUUAAUGGCCAGAACACAUUGGUUCCCUUGA